AUGGCGACCGAGACCGGGAGUCGUGCGCACACGGAAGAGUCCACCACAGCUGCUCACCCUCCACCACCAUCUCCACCCACAUCUCCGCCUGCUCAAUCUACGAGCAAGAGGAAGCAACCAGUGGAUGGAAAGUCGUAUUACCCGUAUCUCUUUAAUAAGGACAAGACACCAUCCGCACUGCUCAAUGCGCUACUGCGCGCAAUUGGAAAGCAUAUUGAAACCGAGAUAGGCGACAAGAACCACCGACUUCUCGACAGAUCUAAGCUCGCCGCCUUCUACAAGGCGGUCGGAGGCGACUACGAUUCGCUUUUUGUCAACGCGCCCGACAAGUCGAUAUCUUACAUAUGGCAGGCACUUGGGGUUCAACACACGCUGCAGCCGACCGCCGAUGACUUCGCCGAGCCUUCGAUACCUGCUCUGACCUUGAGGGGCUUUGUACGAUGGCAAUCACUGCAGAUUCUGCUUGGGCCCGAGGAGCAUGUGCCAUUCAUGCAGUUUGCGGUACGCAACUGGGCCCUGAAGCACCCUGACACAGGAGAGCCUUUCCCCGUCGAUCUACCGAGCACAGCUUUCCCUGCAGUCUGCGAUCCGCAGAUUGACCAGUGGCACAAGGACUGCGCAAAGAGGCUGCGCGGCGACGCCACGCCUGCAUCCAUGCCCGCCGCUGAGAGGCAUGCGUACGCGCCAGGGCCAGCACCGGCUACUGCGACUGCUUCUGAUUCUCGCGGCCAUGUGCACUUCACUCAUGUACACCCUGGCGGCGCUGCUCGCCGUGGACCGGAGAUGGACUAUUUUGAGCGACAACGGCCACAAGUGCCAUACAUCCACGUACCCAGUCGAGCAAAUCCACCCCAUAAUCAAUCGGCACAUAAACGUAGGGUGGACAGCAGCAGCAGUAGUUCCUUAGACGAGCGUGCUCGCAGGCGACGGAGCUUCUCGGACUAUCCCUCUCCUCAGCAUGAAAAGAUCCGCCUAGCAACCCACCUGGACCCCCGUCGACCGGAACCUAUUCGACGGCACAGUAGCCAGCCUAAGCACCACAACUCAUCACCCUCAUCCGAGUCGGAGUCGGACGAUGCGCCGCCAAGCCCAAGAAGUAGAGUUCACAGGACCAGUCGGCCCCCGAUGGCAUCGGUUCGUGUGUUUCCUCCUGCGGAAUCGCCCAUAUCACCACCUGCACCGCAAGGACCCGCACGUCAGUCCCACCGAACAGAAAUGCGGCAGGACGACUCCCGUAGGCGGAGCUUGCCUUCCGGCCACUUUGGCAUACGCCAGAAAGUCAUGUCAUUCUUGCCAGGCUCCAUUGAUCGACAUCGAAGUACCUCGCGUAGCGACCGUGACAAUGAUAGCCGGCCAAACAGUGCACGGCUGCGUGUUGAGACCCCCUCAUCUCGACUGAAUCGUCGAUACUCAGAUGAGGCAUACUUGUCCGAUGAGUCAGACUCCGACGUGUCCCCGAAACACCGCAGUAAUCGCGAACAUGAGCGGGAAAGAGAAAGAGAAAGGGAGAGGGAAAGGGAGAGGGAAAAGGAGAGGAUCCGUGAGCGCGAGAAGCGAGAACGGGAGAUGGAAGAGGAUCGCGAGAGGCGCUCUAGGAAAGACCACGCACAUCUCAGGCCCAGCGUGAACAGGCGUACUAGCAGCGCGGCAGAUAUCGAGAGGAGAACACGUGAAUGGGAUGUGCGAGAUCGAUACCGCGACCGAGAUCGCGAGCGCGAAAAAGAUCAGGGAAGAGACCCGCGCGACCCGCGAGGGAAUUUGACCGGCGACGAGAGACAGCGGCGCAGCUGGCGUGAAAGGGAAAGGGGACGCGAAAGAGACAGCGGCGGAAGCCCUACUGUUGUUGGUGUAGGUGGUCGAAAAUAUCCCAGUGACAAGCCCGCGUGGGUUUGA